AUGAGUGUCGAGACUCAGAGAGCAGCGGAGAUUGCUGCUGACAGCAAGACGGCACGAUGGAAGUACCUCGAGCAGAUCAGACGAAACCCGGGCCCGUUUACAAACCCAGAAGCUGUGGAAGAAGAGUUCCUGGCUCAGUUUGAGCGAUUCAAGAUUCUUGGCGCAGGCGGUCUGGGAUGCGAAAUCCUCAAGAAUCUAGCCAUGUCCAAGUUCAAGGAUAUCCAUGUUAUUGAUAUGGAUACCAUCGACAUCUCUAAUUUGAACCGACAAUUCCUCUUCCGCAAAUCAGAUGUUGGGAAGUUCAAGGCCGAAGUCGCAGCGAAAUUCGUCGAGAAAAGAGUCAAAGGCGUCAAGAUCACCGCUCACAACAAACGAAUUCAAGAUUUCGACGAUGAAUUCUACAAGCAAUUCCAGCUCGUCAUCUGUGGCCUGGACAGCAUUGAGGCUCGACGAUGGAUCAACGCCAUGCUGGUUUCCAUUGCUGAGGAAAGUGAAGAUCCCGAUGGCGUCAAGCCGUUGAUUGACGGCGGUACUGAGGGCUUCAAGGGCCAGGCCAGGGUCAUCUUUCCAUCCUUUACUUCAUGCAUAGAGUGCCAGCUGGACAUGCACGCCCCCAGAGCUGCUGUCCCUCUUUGCACUAUUGCAUCCAUCCCGAGGCAGCCGGAGCACUGCGUUGAGUGGGCCCACGUCAUUGCUUGGGAACAAGAGAAGCCGUUUCCAACGCUCGACAAAGACGAUCCCGAGCACGUCACUUGGAUCUACCAGAAGGCCCUUAAGCGCGCAGAGGAAUUCAACAUUCCGGGAAUCUCAUAUGCGCUCACGCAAGGAACGAUUAAAAACAUUAUUCCUGCCAUUGCCUCGACGAAUGCCAUCAUCGCGGCUGCUUGCUGUAAUGAGGCAUUCAAGAUUGCCACGACCACAGCAACGUGCCUGGGCUUUGAGAACAACUACAUGAUGUAUUCUGGUAACGACAGCAUCUAUACGUAUACAUUCAAGCACGAGAAGAAGGAAGACUGCCCAGUCUGCGGGCGGGAAGCUCGACCCUUGGAAGUUGAUCCCAACAUGACGCUCCAGGAUCUUUUGGACUCGUUUGCCGUUCGCCCCGAGGCUCAGCUCAAGAAGCCAUCGAUACGAGCGGAGGGAAAGACUCUUUACAUGCAGGUUCCUCAAAGCUUGGAGGAGCAAACCAGGCCAAACUUGAGCAAGUCGCUCAACGAACUGGGGUUGGAAAAUGGCCAAGAGGUCGUCGUUACCGACCCUGCAUUCCCCCUCGAGUUCAAUUUCUAUUUCAAGUUCAAAGCGGAAGGUUCCUAG